AUGAUAGAAAAGGAGAUUGUAGAGGUGUUCGUGCGGGUGCUGGAGCCCGAGUAUUAUGAAAGAGUCAUCUUAUUAAUCGGCGCCAAGUUCGCCGAGAUAGUCAAAGUAGGUGAGACUAUUGAAGAUGGCCUGAAGUCGGGAAAGAUAGCCCAAGUGUCUGCAUCGCCUGGGUCUUCCGGACUGGUAAGGAAGAAAAGAGAGGAGGUUAACGCCAUCUCACACGGGGGAAGAAAGGCCCCCAGAAACUUACCCCAUCCCCAAGGCCGCUCCAACCCUCCAUCAAAGCCUCAUCAAGCCUACCGUCCACAAUCAAAUCAUUCCGGCCACUACAAUGCUGCCCCCCACCCUUAUCUAGAUGCCCAUAUUUUGUCGUAUCAGAAUCCACCCCCGAUUCCCCAAAAUUUUUUCUCCAUAUAUCCAAACUACCCCCAAGCUUAUCAAGUCCCUCCCCAUUACGAGAAUGUCGCUCCCAGCUGCGCUAAUGUACAGCCAAGCUAUCGAGCACCGUCCCCCGCAUAUCAAAUACAAACCCCAGCAUAUCAAAGCCCCCAUCAAAAUUACCAAGCCCCAAUUCCAAACUACCAAACAAAUCCCUACCCCAGAACCCAAGCUCCACGACCAAAUGCCCGCAGUUAUCAACAAGUCCCUCCCCCUCAACAGAGCGGGUAUGAUCCCCCUCGCCCCAGGUUUGAGAAGAAGCUCUCCAGAAGCUUCACCUUGUUGGAUGAAAGCAUAACUAAAUUGUUCAAAAGAUUAGUCACGGCUAGAUACAUCCACCCUGUGGGGCCCAAGCCCGUGGAUGUCAAUUCCAGAUUCUACAGACCGAAGCAGAGAUGUGAUUAUCAUUCCAACAGUGUUGGACAUGAUACAGAAGACUUUAUCAAUCUCAAGCACAAGAUCCAGGACUUGAUUGACCAGGAAGUGGUCUCCCUUCAGCCUGCGGCGCGAAACGUCAACACGAAUCCGUUGCCAAAUCAUGGGGGUGGAAACAUCAACAUGAUAGAAACUGACGAAGAUGAGCGUGAAGCCAAGAGAAUUACCCCUGUUGUUCAGGAAGAUAUGGAAAGGGCUGUCGCUUCUUUGAGCGUCAGAGAAAAGGGAGAGUUCAUCAUUCUGACACCUGCAAAGGUUGUUGCCUUGGUGCCCACAAAGACUCUCGCCAAGCCCAAGUUUGUUAUAGAAACGGUCGUGGCUCAAGGCAUGACCAGAUCUGGCAGAUGUUACACUCUUGACGAGCUUGCUCUCGGAGGACAAAAGAAAGAGCAUGCCAAGAGACCGAUCAGCGAAGCAGAAGCUGAGGAGUUCUGGAGGAGAAUGCAGCCCAAAGAUUACUCCAUUGUCAGACACUUGCAGGCUUUAAUGAAAGCCCUGGAUGACACAUAUGUGCCCUCAGGUACGAGCAGCGACAAUGUAGCAGCUAUGAUUCACCAAGUCAUUCGGGGACACCGCAUCAGUUUCUGCAAUGAUGAACUACCGGCCGAAGGGAGGGCCCACAAUAAAGGUCUACACAUCACCGUGGUAUGCCGCGGAAAGAUUGUCAACCGUGUUUUAGUAGACGGAGGAUCUUGCCUGAACAUAUGCCCCUUGUCCACACUGAAGCAGCUGAGGUUUGACCUCGGAAAGUUGGAGCAAAACCAGGUCAAUGUGAGAGCAUUCGAUGGUGUGCAGUGA